ACUCGUGAAGUAGAAGGAAAGGGACGAGGAGCGCGGCGAGUUUCGUCACUCAAGGCUGCAAGUCGUCGUCAUUUGCGAGAGGCUUUACGAGGUAUUCGUGUACAGUCGGCCGAUUGAAUAUGGCAGCCGCAUUGACGGUGUCUGGGGUUGCGACUAUACAGACUUCCUUUGUCGGAUUACGAGGAGGUCGCCCAUCUUCCAAUGCGUCCUUCGUGAGUUUUGCUCAUGCUACGAAUAAUCGCAAAAGGCUUCAAGUGAAGGCAUUUUUCGAUGUGCAAAAUGAUCCUAUCGUGAAAGAGGUUCUCAAGGAACCUGUUGCCUUUCUGGGUGGAGUGUUCGCGGGAAUUUUGAGGUUGGACCUGAAUGAGGAACCGUUAAGAGAAUGGGUUGCCAAGACCGCUGAGGCAGCAGGUGUUCAACCUGAGGAUCCUGAGGUAGACUCAACAGAUGAAUCGCCGAACGAAAUCGCUAUUGAGUAGAACCGACCCUUCGUAGAAGAUUGUUCGCCUCGAAAAGCCAUAGAAUCGAGUAAAUAUCUGGGUUGCCACUUUACUUCCACUUGAGUACACAAUUCCGGUCGUGUGUAUAUGGACUUGCCGGUAGAAUAAAUGGAAACAAUCAAAUGACACAAUAGGACGGGUUACCAUGUUGUACAUAUCAAUCCGAGUUGAUGAAAUUGAUGGUAAUUUUUAUCUGCGGAAUUGCUCUUUGUUC